GAGGGGGGCUCCGGCUGCCCUGGUCCCACCGUUCCCCCACGCGAUGACCCACUCGAUGGACCUCCCUGACCCCGCAGGUCCCGCCGCCCUCCCCAAGCACAUCCUGGACAUCUGGGUCAUCGUCUUGAUCAUCCUCGCCACCAUCCUCAUCAUGACGGCCCUGGUGCUCUGCCCGGCAACUGCCGUCAUCAUCUACCGGGUUCGGACUCACCCCACGCGCAAUGGCAUCGUGUGAGGCUGUGACGGAAGCGACGAGGGACGGCCGGCUUGUCGGGCAGGGGCCACAGCCGUGGGACCCUGUGCUGGGGACCCCGCAGAGCCCGAUGGGGCACCCCGAGAGCUGGGGAGAGAUGGGCAGGAGCCGGGGUGGGUGAGCACCUGGGUGCCUGCCCCUGUACCUGGCUCUUGCCAGGUGAACCCACUGCCUCCUAUUUACCCACCGAGCUCACGGGGACCGUCGGGGAGAUGGCAGCCUGGGCACCGGCGGGGAGAUGUGUGGCUGUGUGGACAUGUCCAGCUGGAAACGACUCACUCCCAUGAGGCAGGCAGGCUGGUCUCGCCUUCGCUGGUGACCCCGUCUCCUCCCAGGCAAGCAGCAAGGAGUGGAAAUGCCCGGCACAGUUAUUUCUUCUUUGGAGUCCUAGCUGUCGGGGUGGCUGGGAAGGAAGGGUCAAAGCAAGAUGGAUGUGGCUUCUGGUUGUGCAUUCGGAGACUUGGCUAAAAGCACCGGUGACAGAGCCCGUCCUGGCUGCACAGCAGACGUACACCUGGCACCAGCCUCUCCUCUAUCAGAUAUCUGCUGAAAUUGUAGGAAAACCCGAUGAGGUGCUCGGUUCCUCUGGGUCUUGCGGGGCAGAGGAGCGUGGGCAGCUCCUGCCAGCCUGCCUGCCCGGACGCUGGCUGCACUCGGUGCUCCUGCUGAUGGCAAGGGCCCCUGCCGCUUGCCCGGCAUGCCGGCCCCAUUGGGGGGAGUCUCUGCGCCCCUCGCCUGGGCAGGCAAAGCGGUAGGAGCAGAGGGGUUUGUGCCCAGGCAGUGGUAAGGGACCACGUAAGCUCUUACAUUGCCCCUUGCUACGAAAUAAAUGGACUUUAUUCUACA